AUGAUUCAAUUUCUAUCACCAAUUAUUAAGUCGGGCAUAGGGAAAUCAUUUAAGAAUAAAAGUAUAUUAUUAUCGUUAGUGGCUAUCCCUGCAGUGGCUAUUGGAAUAUAUCAUCAAAACAACCAAGGAUUGAGAUUUUAUACUGCAUCACAGGUUAAAAUGAAUGAAGCUGCUUUUAUUGCACCACAAUUGAGUCCAAAAUGGGAUUUUUCACCAGAAAGAAUCUUAUCAGACGCUAAGAAAAUAAUUGACACUUCAAAUGAUUUCUAUAAUGCUAUGGUAGCCAUUGAAAAUCCAUCAAUUGAAAAUUUUGUGAUUCCAUCAAUUAAUUUUGAAAAUGAAAAUUCUCUUGCUAUUAACCAACUUACUUUCUUACAACACGUUUCAAAGGAUAAAUUGAUUAGAGAUGCAUCAUUGGAGGCAACAGAAUUGAUUACAAAUUUUGAUAUUGAAAUCUCUUUAAGAUACGAUAUGUUCAAACAAUUCGAUAAGAUUUUCAAUGACCUUAAAGAUAACAAAAAAUAUAAUGAUUUGAAGACAGCAACCCCAAAAGACUAUGAAAUAUUCAAAUACGUGGAAAAAUGUCACAAAGAUUACGUACGUUCAGGUUUAAAUUUAAGUGAAGAGAAAAGGAAUGAGAUUAAAGAAAUUAAAAAAAGGAUAGCUUUAAAUUCUUUACAGUUUUCGAAAAAUUUAGGUGAACAAAAUGAAUUUGUUGCAUUCACUAAAGAAGAGUUAGAAGGUGUCUCUGAUGAUGUUAUGAAGCAAUUCGAAACUUAUACAGAUGAACAAACUGGUGAACAAAAAUUUAAAGUGACUUUUAAAUACCCAGAUAUUUUCCCUGUGUUGAAAACUGCUAAGAAUCCAAAUACAAGAAAAAUUGCAUUUAAUGCUGAUCAGAACAAAGUACCAGAAAAUGAAAAAUUAUUCAUUGAUACGUUGAAAUUAAGAUAUCAAUUAGGUAAAAUAUUAGGUUAUGAUACUUAUGCUAACUAUAAUUUAGAUAUUAAAAUGGCUAAGAACCAAGAGACUGUCAUGGAAUUCUUGGUAGAUUUAAAGGAUAAAUUAAAGCCUUUAGCUGAAAAAGAAAUAGAAGUCCUAAAAGCAAUUAAAAAGACAGAGGCUCAAGAAUUAAAUAUGGCCUAUGAUGAUCACUACUAUAUCUGGGAUCAUCGUUAUUAUGAUAACAAAUAUUUAAAGGAUAAAUUCAACGUCGAUUUAGAGAAAAUUUCCGAAUACUAUCCAGUUGAAUCAACAAUCCAAGGUAUGUUGAAAAUUUAUGAAACUGUAAUGAAUCUGAAAUUUAUUGAAGAGACCGAUAAGGAUUUGAAAUCAACCUGGGCUGGUGACGAUGUUAAACAAUUAGCAGUUUGGAAAAUGGAUGACCCUAGCAAGCCUGAGUUUGUUGGUUGGAUCUAUUUUGAUUUGCAUCCAAGAGAAGGUAAAUACGGACACGCAGCUAACUUUGGCAUGGCUCCUUCUUAUAUUGAUAAAGACUCUAAAAGAAUUUAUCCCGUAACAGCUUUAGUUUGUAAUUUCUCUGCAGCCACUGCUGACAAGCCAGCUUUGCUGAAACAUAACGAAAUCACAACUUUCUUCCAUGAAUUAGGCCAUGGUAUCCAUGACUUAGUUGGAAAUAAUGGUAUUGGUAGAUUCAAUGGACCAGGCGCUGUUCCAUGGGAUUUUGUUGAGGCUCCAUCUCAAAUGUUAGAAUUUUGGACAUGGAACAAGAAUGAAUUAUUAUCAUUAUCCAAACACUACAAAACAGGUGAAAAGAUUCCAGAGUCAUUAUUAGAGUCUUUAAUUGCCACCAAACAUGUUAAUGGUGCAUUAUUUGCUUUAAGACAGCUACAUUUUGGUUUAUUUGAUAUGAAAGUACACACAACUACCGAUGAUAAUCAAAUCGAUAACAUGGAUUUAGUACAGUUAUGGAAUGGUUUAAGAGAAGAGAUAUCUCUUGUUGAAAACGGCGAUGAGAUGAAUAAAGGUUACGAUUCGUUUGGUCAUAUUAUGUCUGACUCCUACUCAGCUGGUUAUUAUGGAUACAUGUGGGCUGAAGUUUUUGCCACAGACAUGUAUUAUUCCAAAUUUGCUAAAGAUCCAUUAAACACAAAAUCUGGCAUUGAAUACAGAGAUAUUAUUCUAGCAAGGGGUGGUAUCAGAGAAACCAAUGAUAACUUAAAAGAAUUUUUAGGUAGAGAACCAUCAAAGGAGGCGUUCUUGAAGGAAUUAGGUUUGCAAUGA